AUGGCGCCCCCAACCACCACGACGACGACAACAACACAACACUCCUUCCAAACCCUCGCCCCCACCCGCCACAUCUCGCGCAUGACCCGCCACAAACAAGAGCACAACCAACUCGGCAUCGCCCUCUCCGAACUCUUCCUCGGGAUCGCCAUCGAAGCGCAUUCCAGCAACAACACCCAACUCGACGUCGGCUUCGCCUGCCACGACGGAACGUACAAUAUCGAUUUCGCCGUGGAGACGCUCGAGGCCGUGCAGGAUGCCGAGUCGAUCGCGGAGCAUAUCAUCGCGUCGAUUAAGGAGUAUGAGGGGAGGAACAUGUACAAGUUCACGGGGGCCGGGUUGAGUCAGGAGGUCGUGGCGAGGAGUCCGCAGACCCCUGUGAGGUUGUGGUUGGAGCUGGAUAUCGUGCCUAUCGUGGUGAAGGCCGAAGAGGGGGGUUGUUUGGAGACGGCGAAGAAGAUGAAUGGUGUGUUGGCAGUGGAUGAGAUGGCGGAUUCGUUGGCGCGGAAGUGUUUGAUGUGGUUUGGUCCGAGUUAUCAGCCGCGUUUGAGUGUUGGGUUCAGUAACAAGGUGGAGGUGGAUUUGGGGGCGAGGGCGUGGUUGGCGAGUCUUGAGGAGUAUCAGAGGACGGUGAAUGAGGCGACGUGGAAUUCGGCCGUGAAGUAUGCGGGUUCGUUGAAGGAGGGGGGGACGAAGAUUGCGUUCUUCAGUGCGACGCCGCAGGGAGGUGGUGUUGCGUUGAUGAGGCAUGCUCUGAUUCGGUUUUUGAGGCUGUUGGGAGUGGACUGCACUUGGUGGGUGCUGAAGUCUAAGCCGGAGGUGUUCAGGAUCACCAAGACCAACCACAAUAUCUUGCAAGUUGUUGCAGCGCCGGAUGAGCGAUUGUCGGAUGAGCAGGCGGCCACGAUCAACGACUGGGUGCAGACCAACGCCGAGCGCUUCUGGACGAGAGACGGAGGUAUCUUGCAGCCUCGUUCAAAAGGUGGCGCGGACGUGAUCAUCGUGGACGAGCCGCAAAUGCCCAACAUCAUCGACAUCUCGAAGAAGCUUGACCCAGACAGGCCAGUCAUCUUCCGGUCGCACAUCCAGAUUCGUGCCGACCUGGCCAACACUGCUGGCACGCCAACUGCUGGAGUCUGGAAGUGGCUGUGGUCGAGUGCACAGCAAGCGGACCUCUUCAUCGCACACCCAGUCAGCGAUUUCGUGCCAAAGGAUGUCCCAAAGCAGAAGCUGGGAUACAUGCCAGCAACGACGGGCUGGAUAGACGGCUUGAACAAGGAGCUUCGCGACUUCGUCACCGAGUACUACCUGCAUCAGUUCAAUACGGAGUGUCUCCGUCAGCGGAUGGUCACUCUGCAAUACCCAAAGAGAGACUACAUCGUGCAAAUUGCUCGAUUCGACCCAUCGAAGGGCAUCCCGCAUGUGCUGGCAGGCUACGCUGAAUUCCGGCGCAAUUCUCGGUACUGCAAAGACAAGAACAAGGACGAGGCACCUCAGUUAGUCGUGGCUGGACACUACUCGGUCGACGAUCCUGAUGGCGUCCGUGUGUUGAACGAGACGCUGGAACAGCUGGACCACGAAUACAGCGACAUCAAGGAUAGCGUUGUGGUCAUGCGAUUGGGACCGACAGAUCAACUCCUCAACAUGCUCAUGUCCAACGCUCGCGUGGCACUCCAGCUGUCAACUCGCGAGGGCUUCGAAGUCAAGGUCUCAGAGGCACUGCACAAAGGUGUUCCGAUCAUCGCCAGUCUCGCGGGUGGGAUUCCUCUGCAAGUCAUGCACGACAAGUCCGGAUUCCUGGUCGAAGCAGACAAGUACCUCGACGUGGCGAAGUACAUGGACGUGCUAUUCAGCGACGAGGAGAAGUACAAGAGCAUGAGCGAGUAUGCAGCAUCGCACGUCAGUGACGAGGUGGGAACGGUAGGCAACGCGGUCAACUGGAUGUACCUCGCCGACCAACUUGCUCAAGGCAAGAAGCUUCAGCCAUCAGGAAAGUGGAUCUGGGACAUGGCCAGAGACCAGGUGGACGAGCAGAAGAUGAAGGGCGAGGUGCGACUGCCGCGGGACCGGACGACUUGA